UUUUUUAAGCUAAAACUCAAAAUGGCUUAUUUACAAAUUUUGGCAGUUUUAGUCAUGGUUUUGGGGAUUUCAGUACAGACACAGAACCCUAAUAUGAUAACUACGCAGAUGGAAGUUAAUAAUAUGAUGUAUGAUGCCGUGUGCGACUGAGGCAGAGAGGUGACUAACCAGAUAAGGACCCUUAGUGAAGUCAAGUGCACACCAACCAAGAUCCGAAUCAGACAAGAUAAACAAGGGAGACAAUCAGGCGGUGAGGGAGAUAUUGACCUGAAUAACAUCAAUGAGUUCCUAGGAAGACCUAGUGAUACCACUUUUGUAGAUCCUCAUUAUUCCAACUUUAAAUGACUCGAUGGAAGGUAUAGCCAAGGUUCCCUAUAUACUAUGGGAGGUGAUAUUGGAGAGUUCUUCCUAGGUUUAGUGGUCUAUGAAGAGCUAGUUGGCGUAGAGCUCACCCCAAGUCAAAUUAAGAGGCUGCUAACUGGAUACAUGGAUCAAAUGGAGAUGGAUAGUUUGCAUUGGUGAACAGAUGAUCAAGCUAUCAAGCAUAUUGAAAGCAUGAUUGAUGAGACUGGGAUUGAUAUACAGAAUCCUAGGCCUGAUAUUCAAGAUGCUAUUAUUCAAAUUAUUUCUGAACCUUAUAACAUCGGAGAUACUCAUUUCAAAGCUUUGUUGAUAGAAUCUGAUACCCUUAAUAUUAGGAGAGAGCUUGUCGAAACUUUCAUUAGAGUUUAUUAUAGAAUUUUGUGGGAUAAAGAUAGCGAAUAUUCUCAGGGAUUGGAACUCAAGCAAUUAGUGAACAGCCAUCAAGAGCUCGCUUUCUUAGAUGUAAGAAACCAAAAAGACUGAAAUGCUCCUUUAAUCCCUUCCCAAAAUAGAGAUUUAGGGUUUUCUUUAUACAUCUAUGAUCACGAAGCUGCUAAUGCCAGGAGGGCGCAAAUUGCUUACUUCUUUACAACUCAGCUAAAGCACAUGAACAUCAACUAUGAUCCUCAAGUUCUUGAGCACAGGAUAGACAACCAUGCAUUAUCGUUCUUGGAAGUGACUGGGAGGAAUAUAGCCAGGAACCUUCCGUUCUACACUAUCCUUUAUCAAUAA